AUCAUGAAACGUAGUUGGUCGGAUCAACACAUGUGAUUGUUGUGACGUUGAAUCACAUUGAACAGACUUCCCCAAAUACAACUGUUUUCUCGACUUCUCUCUCUCGAAUUCAUCAUCUUUAUCCGAAUAAAAUAGAAGUUUAACAUUAUUCUGUAGAAUACGCACAUACGUAAUGGCAAAUGUAAAGAACGAAGUGAAAACCGCAUUGGUGUUGCUCGCCGAUGGAACGGAGGAAAUGGAGGCUGUGAUAACUAUCGAUAUCUUACGGCGCGCCGGGAUCACAGUUACUGCAGCUGGUGUACAAGACAGCAAUUGCGUGAAAUGCAGCCGCGAUGUCAAGAUCUGCACAGACGUUCUAUUUAAGGAUGCUCAGGAGAAGAGUUACGAUGUUGUUGUUUUGCCUGGUGGUCUCGGUGGAGCUAAGACAUUUACAUCUUCAAAGGAGGUUGGAAGGUUGUUACAAAAGCAGGACAAGGAGAACAAAUUAAUAGCAGCUAUCUGUGCAGCUCCUACAGCUUUAAAAGCGCAUAAUAUCGGCAAAGGAAAACGAAUCACCUCUUACCCAAGUAUGAAAAGAGAUCUGUGUGACUCCUACGACUAUCAGGAUGAUAAGAACGUGGUGAUUGAUGGCAAUCUCAUAACUAGCCGAGGACCAGGAACGGCUUUUGAUUUCGGGCUAACUAUUGUUGAGAUAUUAAUAAAUCUUAAAGAAGCCACGGAUGUCGCGAAUAAGUUACUAUAUAAAUACGAAAGCUGUAUAAACGCUGUGUAAAUUUCUUUAAACACUUUGUAGUUAUGGCUAUAAAGUGUUUGUGUGUAAGUUUGGUGCUUUCCAGCAAUGAAUUGACUGAAACGUUGCUUAGCUUUUUUAUUUUACCACCACAGUGAAAUAAAAAAAAAGAUCUCCUACAUCUAUAUCCGAGUAUAAUCUUAAAAUCUCUUAUUGGAGUAUCACUUCUAGAAAAAUAAGUGGUAAAAUGUAAAAAUUUGGUGUUCGUGAAAUGAUAUAAAAUAGUACAGUUGAACACAAUAUUUUAAUUGCGUACACUCGUGUCGAUUUGUUUGUAUCACAAUUGAAAAAUACGUAAUCGUACAUGUGUCGCCUAUGCUCAUUGUUGGAAAGCAGAAAGAUUUAUAUGCUCUAAACGCACACAUACAAAUUAAAAAUGUAGUUGUUACAUUUAAACAAGAAAUUAUAUGUAAUAUAUAUAGAAACGCA